AUGUUCGACCUCGCCGAAUCUGACCUUGUACAACACAAAGUCCGCGCAUGGCACCAGCGCUUUGGAGAUAUUUUCUAUACGAAAAUAGGUGGCACAGACUACGUUUGGCUGUCUAACAUCUACUCGUCCCGGCCGUCGCUCCCGCUGGCUCAAGAUGUUGCCAGCGCGGGUCGUCGACAGCUUUUCAUGGCAUACGGGCCCCAGUGGCGCCAACUGCGCAAGCACAGCCAUGCUCUUCUCAACCUGAAAGCAGCAGAGAAGUACCAACACAUCCAGGACUUUGAGUCAAAACAAGUCAUGAGAGACCUGCUGGAAAGACCCGAUAUGUUCUACGACAUCAACAGACGAUACUCCGCAUCAGUCAUCAUGCUGCUUUGUUACGGCUAUAGGAUUUCGUCGUUUGAGGAUCCCCUCAUCAAAAAGAUCUACACUGUGCUAAAUAACCUAACAGAAAUCACUGCCCCCGGCGCCCACGCAGUAGAUAGUUUCCCAUCAUUAGCUGUUCUGCCACAGUUCCUGCUUGGAAAUUGGUACACCUAUGCCAGAGAAGUCCACAACCACGAUAGAAAGGUGUAUAUGGAGUUGUGGGAACAGCUAAAGAAGGAGGUGGAUGAAGGCAAGGCAGCGGAUUGUUUUUGUCGAGACUUCUAUCUUUCUGAUCCGGCUGAGAAUGGGAUCGACAAUCUCCUUGCCGCCUAUACCUGCGGAGGCCUGGUAGAGGCCGGCUCGGAGACCACGGCGACCACGCUGAACAACUGGAUGUUGGCAAUGACGUGUUUCCCAGAGGCUUUGAAGAAGGCACAAGCAGAAGUCGACAGCGUCGUCGGAAGCGAAAGGCUCCCAACGUUCUCUGACGAGCCGAACUUGCCAUACGUGCGAGCCAUGAUCAAAGAAGUGAUGCGCUGGCGGCCCGUCAACAAGUUUGGAAUGUUCCAUGCAACCAGCGAAGAUGACUGGUACGAAGGAUACUUUAUUCCUAAGGGCACUACAGCCCCCCUUCCUGCCGCGAAUUACGUCAACUGCCCUGACCCAUAUGACCGAGAUCAUUUCACGUAUGGCGCAGGACGGCGGGUUUGUCCCGGCAUUCAUGUCGCGGAGCGCUCGCUAUUUAUUAACAUAGCCCGGGUCAUUUGGGGAUUUGAUAUUGGCAAAAGAAGAAGUGCUACUGGCGAGGAAAUCGAGCCCACCACCAAGAUGGUGCCAGGCUUUUUAAGCGUUCCUCUGCCGUUUGAGUGCACAAUCAAGCCGCGGUCGAUGAGACAAGCGCAGAAAAUCCGGGAUGAGUUCGCAAAGGCGGAGAAAGACGGAGUGCGUUGA